GUGUCUGGAGAAUUAUUUUAACGGAGUAGGAGCCGAGAGGAGCCGCCGGAGCAGCGUUAGAUUAACAUACUGAGCCUCAUCUGCCAGCACAGUACCGUCAAACCUCACCACACCUGCUUUGCCUGCACAGCUGGAGGCAGACAAGCUCUACAUCAGACUGAAAAUAGUCACAAGAAGAAGAACAAGAAGAAGAAGAAGAAGAGCAGGACUGGCCCUUAUUCAGAGUGGUCUAUCAUGGACCAGUGAAGUCUUUCCCACCCUGCCAGUUAAAAGCGAUGUUUUUGGGAGCUGGAGACCGUAACACCAUCAGCAGAGUGUGUGUGGGGCCCCUCCGCUCCGUCUUCCCCAGCACCCCUCCUGACAUGGGAUGCCAGCCCCCUGCCCCCCUGCCCUGAGCUCUCCUGGGGUGCCAUGAACAGUUACAGAGACAGAGGGGUAACUUGCACCUCCUCAGACCUUCUGGAUGGAGGAGGAGGAGGGUUGCCACAGCACGCUUCAUUUCGUCACACCCCCAAUGGCCACCCAGUCCCCGGUCCCCCAGACCCGGCCAUCCCACCGCGCAUCUCCGUGCCCAAAAUGGGUGUUCGAGCACGGAUUGCAGAAUGGCCUCCGCGUCGUGCACAGUCCCGGGAGUCGCUGCUUGAAAACGGGCAAAUUGGCAGCAAUCAUUACGCAGACGACUGCUCCACGUCAGUUUCGUCAUCGGUUUUGUCAUCCGAUGUAAGGUUGGUGCGGGGAGGAGUUGCCAGGUUGCCCCGAAGACGGUCUAAGGAUGUAGAGUUCAGAGGAGGAGGGUUUGGUGGUGAAAGAAAUUCACCUUUCAGUCUAAGAGUGUUCCCACCUCUGCGACAGCGAUCCAACAGUGAAGUGACACUAAGUGAGCAAGAUGAAAAUGAGGUGGAAGUUCAUAGAAGUGUUGGGAUGGGGAACCGGUUCCGAGAGUAUGGCAGCACCUCAUCCAUCGACAUCCAGGGAAUUCCUGAGCAGAGCUUCUUCGACAUGCUCAGCCAGUUUCACCAGGAGAGGCCUGACCAGCGCAGCUCAGCACCGGUUCGCCUGGGGGAGCUGCUCGGGGCUCCUGACUCACCACACAAUGCACCUCUGCCCUCUGCUCCCUCACCUGGUCCCUCAGGUGGGGAUGACAGAGGAAGGAAGGAUGGUGAGAGAGUGAGGAAAAAAAGUGGUGGGACGGAGUCGUCACUUGGUACCUCCUCUUUGUUCCGUAAACUUCGGAGCUCGAGUAGAGGGGAGCUGGAUGGAGGAAAAGGAGAAACUAUUGAGGACAGGGGAGGACGAGGUUUUACAGAUGCCUCUUACAAACCAUGGGUCUGUCCCAAGAGCUUUGUCCACUUUGAUGCUCAGAGCAUCCUGUUUGACCUCCAUGAAGCAGCGGCUCAGCGUGGCUUUGUCGCCCAGAGGCGGAACACAGCCACGGGGGCAUCAGCUGCUUCAGUGUCCCUGUCCAUCUCCAGAUCCUCAGCUCCAAGUGUGAACGACCCCAUUUAUUCCAGCAUUGAGGAUCUGACCAUGAGCCUCGACCCGGGCUCCACAACACCCUCCCUGGGCAUGGACCCUCUAGAUGGGCCUGGAGCCCAGAGCUCGAGCCCACUGCUCCUCUGCUGCCCCCACUUCCUCAAUGAGACUGGGGGACACGGAGAGCGCAACAUCAGCUUCCUUAGCUCGUCAGCAGAGAGAGGAGCAGACGGAGGAGGAGAAGGAAUAAGGGGUUGGCUGAGAAAGAGUAACGCCAGCAUGUCGGUGCUGGAAGUGCCUGUUGAACAGCAGGUUACAAGACUGGACAGACUGAAACUGUACAGCAUAGAGCAUGUAGACCUGGGGGCCAGAUACUACAGAGACUACUUCCAUGGGAAAGAGCACUCAAACUACUUUGGGACAGAUGAUAAGCUGGGCCCUGUGGCUGUGAGCAUCCGCAGAGAGAAAGUGGAAGACACCAAAGACCUGAAAGACCAGUACCAGUACCGCCUCAUCGUCAGGACAAGCGAGCUUGUGACCCUGCGAGGCUCCAUUUUAGAAGAUGCCGUGGCGUCUACAGGGAAACACGGCACAGUUCGAGGUCUGCCGCUCAAAGAGGUCCUGGAACAGGUCGUCCCAGAGCUCAAUGUGUCCUGUUUGAGACUGGCACUCAGCACAGCCAAAGUCACAGAGCAGCUCCUAAAACUGGAUGAACAGGGGCUAAGUCAGAAGCACAAGGUGGGUGUUCUGCUGUGCCGUGCAGGCCAGAGCACAGAGGAGGAGAUGUACAACAACGAGGAGGCAUCACCCGCCUUCUCUGCCUUCCUGGAGCUGCUGGGGGAGCAGGUGCUUCUCAAAGGAUUUACCAAAUACGCUGCACAGCUCGACACAAAGACGGACUCAACAGGCACCCACUCCCUGUACACCACCUACCAGGGCUACGAGGUCAUGUUCCACGUGUCGACCAUGUUGCCCUAUAUGCCCAACAACCCACAGCAGCUCCUCAGGAAGAGGCACAUAGGGAACGACAUUGUCACGAUAAUCUUUCAGGAGCCGGGAGCGUUGCCUUUCACCCCUCAAAAUAUUCGUUCACACUUCCAGCAUGUCUUUGUUAUCGUUCGUGUACACAACCCCUGCUCUGACAACACCUGUUACAGUGUUGCUGUGACACGGAUGAAGGAUGUGCCCCCCUUUGGACCACCCAUUCCCAACGGCGUCACCUUCCGUGACCCCGAGACUUUUCGAAACUUCCUUCUAGCCAAAGUCAUCAAUGCAGAAAGUGCAGCACACAAGUCAGAGAAGUUCCACACCAUGGCCACACGAACACGGCAGGAGUACCUGCGUGACCUGGCUGAGAACUACGUGAGCAGCACGCCGCUCGACUCAGCUGGCAAACUAAACAAUCUCAUCUCUCUUGCGUCUAAGAAACGCGAGCGCUCAAAGGCGAGAGAAGGAGCGGAGCUUGGAGCUGCAGGGGCGGUUGCUUGGAGAGUCCAGGCCCAGGACUUUAGUGGAGGAGGAACGGAGCUCUUCUGUGCCUUGGGUUUGUCAGCUGAGUAUGUCCUCCUCAUAGACUGUUCCACCAAAGAGGUGGUGUUUAACUGUUUCUGUGCGGACGUGAUCGGCUGGACACCAGAACGACUGGCGCUGAAGAUCUUCUAUGGCAGAGGAGACCACAUCGCCGUACGAGUACCAGAAGGCUGUGCACAGGACAUCAGGGAGAUGGUUCAGAGGUUAAAGUCGCUGACAGUGGGAUGCGAGACUGUAGAUAUGACACUGAGAAGAAACGGACUGGGACAGCUGGGCUUCCAUGUUCGCCUGGAUGGCACUGUGGCUGAGGUGGAGGAGUACGGCUUCGCUUGGCAGGCAGGACUGAGGCAGGGCAGCCGGUUGGUGGAGAUCUGCAAGGUGGCCGCAGUGACGCUAACUCAUGAGCAGAUGAUUGACCUGCUGAGGACGUCGGUCACGGUCAAAGUGGUCAUCAUUCCUCCGUACGAGGAGGGCGGACCUCGCAGGGGCUGCACAGAGGAGUACGAGAUGAAGACCAUGGAGCAGAAGCCAGAACCUGAGCCUCUGGCGGCAGGAUACCGACCCUCCCCUCGCCAAACAUGGCGAUGGGAAAGCUCACCCAUUCCUCCUGGGCUUCACAGUGCCCCCAACGCACAGCGUUGGGUACCCAUGGGCCCCCCACCUCCUCCACUGCCCCGCACACACAAGGCCCUGAUGCCAGUUCCCUACAGAGAGCCUCAGCACCUCAAUUCCAAGAGACCAGUGAGCUACCCAGAGAACCACUACAGUCUGUCUCCUGCAGGAGGCGACAGAGUGCUGCCCUACAGGAACCCCUCUGCUAGCUUCUCCUCGCCCUCCUCGGGCCUGGUCGGUCUCUCCACAAUGGGACCGCCUGGAAUCACACCAGGGCCCUUUGUACGCUACAAACCUUCACCCGACAGAUAUGGAACAGGACAGCGCCCCCUGCUGCCCUAUGAACCCCACCUCAGUGUGGACGUCACCUCCAGUGGAGAGUCUUCCUCAGGCUUCACAAGCCAGGACAGCACCAUGGAGCGUGGUAAAACAGAACCCCUCUGGCAUGUCCCAGCGUCGUCGUCUCGGGGACCAGGUGGCGGAGGGGGGCAGCGGAGACUAACCAGGCAGGAUGUCCCAGGGAAAGACUCGCCAAACAGACACUCGAAGGGUGAGACUCAGUACUCCAGCCACUCCAGCAGCAACACUCUGUCCAGCAACGCCUCCAGCAGCCACAGCGACGAGCGCUGGUUCGACGGAGGUGCUGGAGGAGAGAGAGGAGGCGGGGGUUGCCUGGGUGACCCGGCCGACACCGACCCCGACCUUCUCAACAAGGGAGGGUCCAACGACAGCGGCAUCGACGCCUCGACGCACUACAACAACACUCGCCACGGAAACAUGUCCAACAGCCAAUCCCACAAGCCCAUGCACUGCUCUGCGACCUACAGUGGCAUCCAGGAGCUGUCCGUGGGAAGGAGCAGCGGUGGGGGAGAGGCGAGGAGACGAGAGUCUUCACCCAUCAUACCAGCUGCAUCCAAUCAGAACAAAGGAUACCGGACGAGGACAUUCCCGCCUCCUGGCUCCAGUGCUGAUAAAAUGGAUGCUUUCAAACCCAGGGCCUACACACCGCAGGGUUACAAGACUCCAACAGCAGAAAAGGCUCGACCGGUCCGAGCCGCCACCACUACGCCCACUUCAGCUCAGUUAAGCUCCACCCCUCUGUCAAGCUCCGCCCCAAAGGCCUUAUAUGGAAAGAGCAGACAAACAGCCUGGCAAACCGAAGACACCAGUCAGUCACCUUCAAACACAGUGACAGCAUCCAACUCUGAAGGCAGCAACGGCAAGAAGCAGGUAGAUACGAAUUCAAAAAAUGUGUUCGGACAACCUCGGCUCCGAGCAUCACUGAGGGACCUACGAUCACCACGACGGACGUACAAGAGCACCAUCGAAGACGACCUGAAGAAACUGAUCAUCAUGGACAACCCAGGAGAGACACCACAAAGAGAUCCAUCUCCCAGACGGACAUUGCAACGCACCUUUUCAGAUGAGUCACUAUGCAGCGGCCGCAGAGACGCCAGCUUUGCCAACUCUGAGAGCCAGACGACCCCCACCGACGUGCUGUUCACCUGCACGCUGCCCACUCGCAGACACAACGUCUCCUCCAACCACAUGCAGGGCAAGAAGGUGCCUCUGUCUGCAUCAGAGCUGUCUCUUACAGAAGUGAGAGACAAAGUUCCCCCCCUGAGGAGGCUUGAUCCUGGGCUGAUGCCCCUUCCUGACACAGCCUGUGGACUGGAGUGGUCCAGCCUGGUCAAUGCUGCUAAAGCCUACGAAGCACAAAGAGCGGUUUCCCUCUUCUCACUGACAGAGCCGCAGGCUGGAGGUCCGGACAUGAGACCAGUCAUCAGUCCAGUUCAGUUUCACACUCCUCAGACGCCACGGACCACGCCCACCUUCAGCGGCGACGAGGUGCCCAAUGAUUUGUCUGGCCGGCUCUACCACCUGGAAGUGAUGUUGAAACAGCUGAACACUGAUCUGGAGAGAGAGAAGAAAGAUAAAGUCGUUCUGCUAGCGGAGAUGGCCAACCUGCGAGAAAACAACCAGCGCCUGCAGGAGGAGAGCCACACCGCCAGCGAGCAGCUGCGUAAGUUCAGCAUGCUCUUUACAAACCUCAACAAGACGGGCAGCGACCACGAGGGUCACUACGUAACACAUGAAGCUGACUCACAGAGGGAGUGAUCGACAGCUGCAGCAGAAGAGCGUGAGAUUCAGGCCAAAGGGAGGGCCAGUGUGAGAGUACCCAUGAUUCCUUGCACUCACAGGGGCGGCAGAGGACACGAUGAUGUCACCUGACUCAGCUUCCACUGGACGGCCUUAAACCAGAGACGGCAACGAAAACAAGACGAUCUGGAUUUUUAAAUUGUAACACUCGGAGAGCCUGCACACAGACGAAGCAGAGACCCUCCCUCUCUACACCCUGAGCCUGUUUAUUUUUCUAAACUGAAGUGAAGACGUCUUAUGUCCUUGUUAUAUAUAUAUAUAUAAAUAUAGAAACACAUAAUGCUACUAUGCCAGAGGAGCGAGCAGGAGAGGAGAUCCUGACUGUUUUAGAGAACACUACAUCACCUGGAGAGGCCUAAUACUGUUCCUGCAGCGAAUCAGCCAAAAAGACACUCAUUACAGACUGCAUCUCCCAGAAUGCACUAGAAGUAAUGGAAGCUCUACAGACAUGGUACUGUAGAUAGAUGCCUGUGUGGUACAAUUCCCACGUAUCAAUAUUCUCAACAUUGUACUGAUAUUGUAUAACAGUCGUACUAAAGAGGUGUGUGUGUGUGUAACUGAUGGUACAAUACUCAGAAGCAUUACAGCACGACAGCGUUGUGCUCGAGGAAGACGCGUCUUAUUCCUUCGGUGUGAGUGUUAAUGUGAGAGUUUGGGUGUUAUAUGUCUGUUAAAGGACAACUGAGUGAUGAACAAACUUGUUUACUGUAAUAUGAAACUCGUGGGCCACAAUAUUUUUUCUGUCCGCCGUUUACAUGGAUGAACUUUGGGCCCACAGAUGUGAAACAAGCCAUCAGCGUGUUUAGCGAGAGUAAAUGGUUGAUGUCACAAAGCUCAGUGAUUAUAAUAGCAUCAUAUCUGAUAUA